AUGGCUGAGCAAGAAGAGGACUUCAGUUCCUUGCCUCUACCAGAUAGAUUUGUCCAUAAGAAUUGGAAAGUUAGAAAAGGAGGAUAUGAGGACGCUACAAAACAAUUCGAGGUAUCACCCGACGAGUCGGAUCCCGUGUUUCGACCGUUCCUACAAGACCCAGGACUAUGGAAGGGUGCCGUCGCCGAUUCGAAUGUAGCGGCGCAGCAGGAGGGUUUAAAUGCGUACUGCGCCUUUUUGAAAUAUUCUGGAGUGCAAGGCUGCACGAGGACUCGUGGAUCGACAAUUGCUGCCAUCACUGAAAAAGGUUUACCAUCAACUCGACCUGCAGCGAAGGCCAGCGCAUUGGAAGCCAUUCUACUUUGUAUAGAACUAGAUAAGCCCGAGCCCGUUAUCGAGGAUCUAAUGGCGGCGCUGUCACAUAAACUCCCCAAAGUCAUCGCACCGUCCCUCGCCGCACUGACAGCCGUAUUUCACAAUUAUGGUUGCAAAGUUAUCGAACCAAAGCCGGUAUUAAAGGCUCUGCCUAAGGUUUUCGGUCACGCUGAUAAGAAUGUUCGAGCGGAGGCGACAAAUCUAACUGCAGAGCUCUACAGAUGGCUCAAAGACGCUAUGAAACCGCUGUUCUGGGGAGAAUUAAAGCCAGUACAACAACAGGAUUUAGAAAAACUAUUCGAAGCUAUCAAGCAGGAGCCAGCGCCAAAGCAGCAGCGAUUUACGCGAGCACAGCAAGAAGCUAUGGCAGCAGCCAGCAGCCAGGCUGGUGGAGAGGGCGAUGACGGCGCAGAUGGGGGCGAAGAAGACGUCGAUGAUGCAGAGGUUGAUGUUUUUGAUCUUGCAGAAGCCGUCGAUGUCUUGUCUCAGGCACCAAAGGACCUACAUGAGAAGUUAGCGUCGUCGAAAUGGAAGGACCGCAAAGAAGCGCUCGAUGCACUUUUCGUCACAGCGAAUGUUCCUAGGAUAAAAGAUGGGCCGUUUGACGAAGUAGUACGUGCGCUGGCGAAAUGCAUGAAGGAUGCAAACGUUGCUGUUGUGACUGUGGCUGCCAAUACGAUAGAAGCUCUUGCUAAAGGCUUACGAAAAAGUUUCUCCAAAUACAGGCCUACUGUUCUAGCUCCUAUUAUGGAACGCCUAAAGGAGAAAAAGCAGUCUGUUGCUGAUGCGCUGGGUCAUGCCUUGGAUGCCGUUUUUGCUGCCACCAACCUUUCGGAUUGUCUUGAAGAUGUGUUAGAAUUCCUUAAGCACAAAAAUCCGCAAGUCAAACAGGAAACUCUGAGGUUUCUGAUUCGAUGUCUGAGAACAACGCGGGAUGUUCCAUCCAAACCAGAAGCAAAGUCGAUAGCGGACGCUGCUACAAAAUUACUAACAGAAUCCAGCGAAGCUACUCGAUCCGGCGGUGCUGAAAUUUUGGGAACCUUGAUGAAGAUUAUCGGCGAAAGGGCGAUGAAUCCCUAUUUGGAUGGGUUAGAUGAUAUUCGGAAAACAAAGAUAAAGGAAUUUUUUGACACGGCAGAAGUCAAGGCUAAAGAACGUCCUAAACCUAUCGUCGGGCCUCCCAAAGGUCUAGCCCUUCCCGGAGGGGCUAAGAAACCCGUUGCCAAACGGCCACCAGCUGCAGUUAAGAAGCCAGCACCCGCUGCGGCGCCCGCUGCGGCACCAGAAGAACCUACGCCGGCACCACCCACAGCCAAGAAGGCAAUUCCGUCCAAGCUUGGCCUUCCCAAGGCUGCGGGAGCGGCGACACCUGGGGGUGGGCUUAAACUUCAAAGGAAGCUAGCUGGACCAGGAGGUGUGCCUGCAUCGCCACGAAGGGUUGUCUCACCACCAUUCGAGGAAAACCCCCCUCCUGUUGCCGCUGCUUCUGCUCCUACAGUGUCCAAAUUCGGUAUGGGUAAUCGUGGACUUACUGGGCGUUCUCUGGGGAGGCCUGCACCUUCAAACUCAGAGCCUGCACCGCCGCCUCCUACUUCAAUAAGCUCCGGAAUGGCAGCAAUUGAGCGAGCUGAAUUAGAAGAGCUUCGACUUGAGAAAGAGAGAUACUCUCGGAUGGUAGAAAAUUUGCAAUCUGAGCGAACAAAACUGCUGUCCGAAAUAAAUGAACUUCAAAAUCAAAACGCGCAGCUGAUCGAAGACCACACAAGGGAUGUGUUGAGCGUCAAAGCCAAAGAAACUCAACUGGUUCGAGCCAGGAGUGAUGCAGAAGCGGCAGAACAAAAUGUCCAGAAGCAGCAAAGGGAAAUUGAGCGGUUGAAGCGGGAGCUGGCUCGGGCCGUGCGCGCCAGUGCAGCUAGCCCUCCAGCAACUAUUCCCGAUAUGAGCCUGAAUAUGGGCCUGACUGAUGGCGGAAUAUAUCAGGACAACACAACCAAUCAUAACCACAACAUGAACGGUCCACCAUCUCGCUCUGCUCUGCAUUUCGGCUCACGAUUCGAAAGCGCACGACCUAGAAGCUUCAUGUCUGCCAGCCCCAGUGAGGAAAAAGAGAACACCAACGGCCUCGAAUCACCAGGUCUGAGUAGUACCGGUGGCGGUGGCGGGUAUCCGGGGAGGAGAAAAAUCAGUCCACCCGUUGGCUCUUCGUAUUCUUCGGGUAGAGGAAGCCCGGGGAGGAUGUCUGUUGGCGGUAGGACAGGGUCUAGCGGUGAUGGACUGCCUGCAUCCACUUCUGCUUCACAAGGCGGUGGUGAACCGGCGGAGAAUUGGAAGCGUGCCGCCGAAGUUACUAGCCAGCUGAAGGCGAGGAUUGAGCAGAUGAAGGCACGACAAGGUCUUUCUCGACCUGCACCUUCAUAGCUCACUCCCCGCAACCCUCCGAGAAAUUGAUGACGCAUAUCCUCAGUGGACUGUUUUGCGUUAUAUAAUACCUUUGUCUUGCCCUCACUGCGCCACUUUUCCUCCUCUAACGAUUGUCCUUUCAUCUACCUUCUUCGCGUUUUGCUUAUUUACAGGGUGCUUGUCGGUCCCUUUGAUGGACAUUUUUUCAAUACUCAAUACCCCAAAUACAAUCAAUUUCGAAUGCUUUUUUUGUGGUGGUUUGUUUCCUUUUUUUCCUUUCUUCACUUCGUCUAUUAUAUCAUCUUCUUGCCUUUCCCUUUCAUCUGGGCAAACUGCAAGUCCUUUGUUCCUUUUUUCACUAUUCUGUCUUCGGUUCGGUAACUAUUGAGGAAUAUUGAGGUAGGCGUACGAAAAGGGGGGGAUGGUAACACAAGCGGAAUCAAAAUGAUUUUGUUAUAUAUAUACAUCUAACCUCCUUUCUCACUCACACCCUCACUUUUGCUUACAGAUUAGGUCAUUUUUUUAUUAUCUUUCCGG